AUGUGGUCAGAAUAUUCGAAUCUUUUCCACGAGCGCAUUGAAGUUGGCCGUCGAGAAUGUGCGUACUUUAAAAAAGCAAUGAUGGAUGGUGAACGUUUUCCUGGCGCGCGUCUUUUCCUCAACAAAGUUGAACCGAUCAUACAAAAUGGACCUCAGUGUGGAAUGGGAGAGAUUUUCUCAGCACAAUGGUUAACUCAACUCGUCGACGAAGUGAUGCCUGAACUUUCUACCGAAUGUCGAAAAUUUCCGACGGAACAAGAAAUAAUCGACUCUCUUCACAAUCAAUCUCUCUUCAUCAUCCCAUAUGAUUGCGACAAAAAUCAUAUGCCCUCCAUGGAAAGAAAUGGAGAGGCAGCUCAUUGGUGUCUUGUGAUUGGUUACGUUUACUUCGAUGACGAGCUGAAUGAAGAUGUUCACCAAAAGGAAAGCUUCUCUCCCGAGGAUCUUGACCAAUUUUACGUGUUGACUCUCCAUGGAAAAAGUCGACAAAUUGGAGUUUGGGAGUACAAAAAUUUGCACAAUAGUAACGCUCAACUGUAUGAGAUUGGGGCAAAUCGGUCUCGAGAGGAUUAUGUCAUCCCGCCCACUGGAUUGGACGAGUUACGAGGCAAAGCGGUGAUCGUCAAAAAGAAAGCGACU